CACAUCGUGUCUUGCUUUAAUAGACUACUGGCCCUUUGCCUGGUCAGGGUCCUCGUAUAUAAGCAUCUGGCUAGUGGCUGCCACGGUACUUAUUCCCUAUCAGAAAACAAUGCUCCCACUUCAUUGUUCAUACAUGAGACACAUCAGAAAAUUACCAAUGUCUUCACCUGGCCUUGCCCUGCUGCUGCUGAUCUCCUUGGCGUCUCCCACCAGUUCCUGUACAGAGCAGGACAAGACCUCCCUCCUCCAGUUUCACGCCGGGCUCUUACCGGAAGGCGGUCUCCUCGCAUGGCAGAAUCACACCGAUUGCUGCAUGUGGGAAGGAAUCACCUGCAGUGCAAAGGGGAUGGUUACAGAUGUCUCGCUGGCUUCUAGGAGUCUUCAGGGGCACAUCUCACCUUCUCUAGGCAACCUCACCGGAUUGUUGCGCCUCGACCUGUCGAGCAACCUGCUAUCCGGUGGACUGCCGCCGGAACUUCUGUCCUCCGGCAGCAUCAUCGCCAUUGACGUCAGCGUUAACCGCCUGGAAGGAGAGUUUCAGGAGUUGGCCCCUGCAUCUGCAACCCCUGACCGGCCACUGAAGGUACUGAAUAUCUCCAGCAAUUUGUUUACAGGACCGUUUCCGUCUACCACGUGGCGGGUGAUGAGAAACAUGGUUGUGCUUAGUGCCAGCAACAACAGUUUUACUGGGAAGCUACCGACUGACAUGUGCACCAGCUCGCCAUCAUUAGCUGUGCUCGAGCUCUCUCACAACCAGUUUAGUGGCAGAAUUUGGCCUGUGCUUGGCCGUUGCUCCAUGCUCAAAGUGCUCAAGGCUGGCUUCAACAACCUCAGUGGGACUCUCCCGGAUGAAUUGUUUAAUGCCACCUCGCUGGAGCUCCUCUCUCUUCCCAGGAACGGUUUACACGGAACACUGGAAGGUGCAAAUAUCAUCAAACUCAGUCAUCUGGCUACCCUUGAUCUUGGAGAUAACAACUUCAACGGCAACAUUCCGGAGUCUGUAGGUCAACUCCAGAGGCUGCAAGAGCUUCAUUUGAACGAUAACAUGAUGUCUGGGGAGCUGCCAUCAACUCUGACUAAUUGCACAAACCUCAUGACCAUUGAUCUCAAGGGCAACAAUUUCAGCGGUGAACUCGCCAAGGUCAAUUUCUCCAAACUACCCAGUCUCAGGAUUCUAGAUCUUAUGUCGAAUACAUUCAGUGGCACGAUUCCAGAAAGUAUAUACUCAUGCAGGAAUCUAACUGCACUGCGGCUAUCUUCCAACAAAUUCCAUGGCGAGUUAGCAGAGGGACUACGUAACCUGACGUCCCUCUCCUUCCUGUCGCUAGGUAAUAAUAGUCUUACGAAUAUAACAAAAGCACUUAAGAUACUUGGAAGCUCAAAGAACCUCACCACCCUCCUUAUUGCGCACAACUUCAUGUAUGAGGUCAUGCCACAGGAUGAUACCAUCAAGGGUUUUCAGAAUCUUCAGGUUUUUUCCAUAAACAGUUGCUCACUGUCUGGACAAAUACCUCGUUGGUUAUCAAAGCUCACAAAUUUGGGGGCGUUAAUGUUACAUGACAAUCAACUGACUGGAUCCAUACCUGACUGGAUCAGCAACCUAAACUUCCUUUACUUCCUUCAAAUAUCGAAUAACAGCCUGACAGGGGAAAUUCCGACAGCGUUAGCGCAGAUGCCAAUGCUGAGAUCAGAGAAGACAGGCGCCCAUUUGGACCCGAGAGGCUUUCAACUGCCCAUUUAUUUAGGCCCAUCACUUCAAAUAAGCAUGGAUAGUGCUUUCAGAAAAGUGCUGGAUUUAAGUGUGAAUAAACUCGUUGGUGAAAUCCCUCGAGAGAUUGGUCUAUUGAAAGCAAUCUGGGGACUUAACUUGAGCUCAAAUUUACUAUCCGGAGAGAUUCCACAGUCAAUCUGCAACCUCACAAACCUGCAGGUGCUUGACUUAUCCAUCAAUCAUCUUAGUGGCACAAUCCCAACGGCACUGAAUGAUCUGCACUUCCUUUCUGAAUUCAAUGUCUCUAAUAAUGAGCUACAAGGGCCAAUUCCAACAGGAGGACAAAUCAGUACAUUUCAGAGCUCUAGCUUUGAUGGUAAUCCAAGGUUGUGUGGCCCACUGCUAAACCGCUACUGCGAUUUAGCACAAGCAGCUCCGGUCCCCAUCACCUCUGCAAAUCGAUGGAGCAUCGAGGUCAUCUUUUCAAUUGCAUUUGGUGUGUUCUUUGGGGUAGGAGUGCUAUAUGAUCAGUUGGUGCUAUCUAAAUUUUAUGGCUGAGCCCUACAUUAUUACUCGUAAACUGUUCUAGCUCAUAUACAUGUGCAUGGAUAUAUAGAGCUAGACCCAGAGACAUGCACGAUUUCUAGUUGUUCUUCACAUAUUCGAAGUCACCUGCAGUUGUAUUUUAUUACGAUAUUUGUCAAAUAUAUAGAACUUGCACCUGUAUAAUUUUUCUACUGAAUGAAUGAAUU